AUGCAGGCCCCCAUCGAGCCGCCGGCGCAGCUGGUCGUGCUGGCGGCUGGAGCUGCCGGGGACAAGGAGCCGGAGGAGGAGCUACUGAAGCCGCGGCAGCGCGGGCGGCGGGGCAAGGGGGCCCUGCGGAGGUGCUGCAAGGAGGCAAAGAAGAGGAGGAGGGAGAAGCUGCGGGCGGCGAAGGCCCUGGGCGUGGCUGAGGUGCCAAUACCAAAGAAGAGCGCAAAGGCCGAGAAAGCGGAGCGCCAGGCAGCCGCAGAAGCAGCAGCAGCCGCCGCCUACAAGAAGUCCAUCAUUGAGUUCCUGCGCACCAAGCCCCGCCCCGUCCUGCUGGACAUUGUCGGCAACAGCGUGGCUCGCCCCGAGGGUGCAAUGGUGCUGCGACCGCUCAAGUUCCUGAAGCAGCACAGGGACGACUUCGUAGUGGAGAUGAGGGGGCAGCUGUGCUACGUGUCGCUGCGCUAA